AUGUUUGGAAACUAGCAUAACUUGACUCAUAAUGCACGUAUAUGAGAGAAGCAGGAAACUUAUAAGAAUCAAAACCAAAUGAAUCAUACUAUAUUUUGGUACGCUAUAUUUAUAUAAUAUAAUCUUUCCCUAUACGCGUGCAUGCCCUCCUCCAUAUAAAGUAUAUCUUUGCUUUAAUUUUAAUGACAAUUCUCUGUCUCUCUCUUUAAAUAUAAAUAUAUAUCUAUAUAUACCAAAAAAAAAAAAAAAAAGGGCCUAGUUAUCUUAUUACUCUUGAUCGAUCUCUCUAUAAAACAUAGAUGUUAUGAAUAUGCAUAUAAAUAUAGAUAUAUGUAACGCAUGCUGCAAAAGAACAAAAUUAAUUGGAAAGUGAUCAGUUUCCUUGAUAUAUAUAAAUAUAGAGAGAAAGACAGAAAGAGAAGAGAGGCGAUCGAAUCGAUUAUUGUGAUGAUGGGGGGAGAGUUAGUAUGGUGUGCAGCAUUAAUAAUGGUGGCGUUAGUGUCAUCAGCUAUUGUUGUGGUGGGUGCGGCAGAAAGUGAAAUAGAUGGAAUGAUAUUGAGGGUGGAUGUGAUCCACCGUGAUUCCACCAUGUCUCCCAUGUAUUCUCCCUCGCAAACGCACUGGCAACGCGUAACCAAUGCUCUCCAACGCUCAAACCACCACCGCCACCACCAUCGUAUAAUGAGCAGCAUCAAGUCGUCGUCGUCGCCAUCAUCAUCAGAAGAAGCAGCAGCAGAAGCCGGUGUAUUGUACGGAAAAGGAGAAUAUCUGAUGAAUAUAUCAAUCGGCACGCCACCAGUGAGAGUGAUUGGAAUUAUUGACACAGGGAGUGAUCUUGUAUGGACUCAAUGCAAGCCCUGCCUUAAUUGCUUCCCUCAGAAAGACCCUCUCUUUGAUCCUUCUUCUUCCUCCACCAACAGGGUUCUUUCCUGCGAUUCCAAACCCUGCAAAUUCAUCAGGGAGGACACCUCAUGUUCUUCUUCCCCUGCUGGGAAGUUUUGCAAUUAUACUUACACUUAUGGAGAUGGGUCUUUCACUACUGGAAACCUUUCCACCGAUACACUCACCCUGCGGCUGCAGCAGCAGGCCGGUUCAACAUCAACAUCCAUCUCUUUUCCCAACAUCAUAUUCGGGUGCGGACACCAUAAUGAAGGGGUCUUUGGAGGAAUCGAAUCCGGAAUUGUUGGACUGGGAAGAGGGCCUUUAUCUCUUGUUUCUCAAAUGGCCUCUUCUUCGUCUGCCGUGGAUGGAAAAAAGUUCUCGUAUUGCUUGGUGAAUCCAUUAUCUUCCAGGUCCAACAGUUCCAGCAAAAUGGUUUUUGGUGAAAACCCAAUGCUUUCAGGCCCUGAGGUGCUGUCUACUCCUUUACUCACAAACGCUUCAGAGACCUAUUACUACCUUCAAGUUGAAGCUAUUAGCGUGGGACACAAGAAAUUCGAUUUCCAAUAUUCCAAUAACAAUUCUAAUUCUUCUUUCAAGGGCAACAUUCUGAUCGACUCCGGUACAACCUACACCUUCAUGCCUCCGGAGUUAUACAAGGGCAUGGAUUCGGCAAUCAGAAGAGCGAUCAAGUUGGAGGUGGCAGAGGAUCCUACUAACGUCUCAAGUCUUUGUUUCAGGACCAAAUCCGAUAUUAUUGUGGAUGAUGCAUCCACUGUCACUUUCCAUUUCAAAGGUGCAGAUGUGAAGCUAAGCUCCUCCAACACCUUCUUAAGGGUUCAACAAGACAUUGUCUGCUUCGCAUUUAUCCCGGUCGACGAUAUUGCCAUCUAUGGUAAUAUUGCACAGAUGGACUACUUAAUCGGAUACGACCUUGACAAGGAACUCCUCUACUUCAAGCCAACUGAUUGUACCUCUCAUUAGUAAAGUAAAUUCCUAUGUAAUUAUGUUCUGGGAUUAAUUUGCAGUAAUAUCUACUGUUAUUUUAAAUUAAUAAUAUACCUAAUAUAUCUAUGUAAUAAUGUAUUUAUAUUUGUUCGAUGAUAUAUCCUAUCUCUAGUCAUUAGUUAAUUCAUUGAUAUAUAAACUACUUAAAUGCAUAAAAAAAAAAAAAUUCUUUAGGCUGGUAAGUACUAAUAUAUUCAAUUCCUAUAUUAAUUAAUGAGACAGGGAAUGAAGCAAAUAAUAACAAAAAAAAAUAAAAAUAAAUAAAUAAUGAAAAGCCGAGCCCUGAGGCAGGCUGAGGCGCAUUCGAGACCUAAACAGAGCAGGCCCACUUAUAAUGUGCAACGUUCUUCUUGGGCCGAAGCUCAAGUUCAGCCCAGUGAUGGUGGCUGGUGGCCUUAAGAAGGGGGGAAGAUUUUCGGAGGAUUUUCACAAUUUUAACGAUAAAGCUCUUAAAAAAGCCAGCGCACAGGCGGAGGAAUAAUAUCAGCAGUGGCAGCAGAAUCAACCGUGCAAGUGAAAGAGUAGGCCCGGAAGCGACGGUAGCAGAGUGCUUUUGGAUGGUCUUGAGACAAGAACGAUAUUUGUAGGGCCUUUGUCAUUUCUCGGCGGCUGUACGAUUUACCAUUAGCUGCAGAUUGUCUGUCUAUUUUUCUUGAACGAAUUUUGAGGUGUUUCAGCUUCAUGAUUAUACUUCUAUGUUUUGACAAGCCUGGCCUGCGUUUUAUUUUAUCCUCCAAUGAAAUGGAAAUAAUACUCAGCGCCUUUCUGCGUCUUGUACAAGACUAAACUAUUAAGACCCCGAGAGACCUUUAUACAUGCAAACGUUGAUU